UUUCUCAUCAGUCAAAUGCGCUGUAAUUAUGUAGUUAUUUCUCUAUUCACACCUACCCUCCAAAACUUGCUGUAAUUAUGUAGUUAUUUCUCUAUUCACACCUACCCUCCAAAACUUGCACAUAUAUAUUAUACGUUUAAUUGUUUCAUCAAAUUCUCUCAAAUCUCUUCCUUCAGUGGGUUUUUGUUUUUUUUCUAAUUGUUUGAUCAAAUUCUCUCUCAUUCCAAACAACCCAGUAAAAUAUUUUCUCAAAUCUCUUCCUUCCAUGGGGUUUGGAAUACUAUGUGCGCUUAUUUACUUAUGUUUCUUGGUAAACCAGUCUGUUUCAGAUCCCAGAGCUACAGAGGCGGCUCUGAUAUGUAGCAACAUAAGCGCAGCUUCGUCUGAUCGCCAAGUGUUUGUUGCAAACUUCUUGGCAGCCAUGGAGGCGUUGACUCCAUUAAUUGCCAACCAAGGAUACGGGGAUGUGGUGAAUGGGAGUGGUAACACAACAGUCUAUGCCUUUGGUGAGUGCAUGAAAGAUUUGUCUCAAAAUGAUUGCAAUCUUUGCUUUGCACAGUGCAAAACCUCAAUCCUCAGGUGCGUUCCAUUUCAGAAACUGACUCGUGGGGGUAGAAAUUUCUUUGAUGGAUGUUACUUGAGGUAUGAUGAUUAUAUGUUCUUCAAUGAAAGUUCGAGUUCGGUUGAUACGACUGUGUGUGGGAAUGGUAGUUUUGGUGGGAAUCAGACUCUGUUUAGGUCUAAUGUUGUUGAGUUGAUGAAGAAUUUGAGUGUGGAAGGGCCUAAGAACGAUGGGUUCUUUGUGGGUUCUGUGAAUAGAGGGAAUUUAUCCGUUUAUGGGUUGGCUCAGUGUUGGGAAUAUGUGAAUGGGAGUGCUUGUGAGCAUUGCUUGGCGAAAUCGGUGUCUAAUAUCAGUUCAUGCCUUCCAAUGGAGGGAGGGAGGGUGUUGAAUGCCGGUUGCUACAUGAGAUAUUCGACGCAGAAGUUCUAUAACAAUUCAGCAAGUGUUGCAUCUGAUGGAGAUGGAGGAGACAGCCGCCUUGCUGUUAUUCUGGCUUCAACUUCAGCUGCUUCUGCCUUUGUGUUGACGGUAGCGGCGGUUUUUUUCUUCAUGAGGAAAAAAGUUGUGAAGAAGAGGAGAGAGGAGAAGCAACUAGGUGCUUUAUUGGCCACUGUAAACAAGUCCAAACUCAAUAUUUCAUAUGAAACUCUUGAAAGGGCCACAAACUACUUUCAUGAUUCCAAUAAACUCGGUCAAGGUGGAUCUGGUUCAGUCUACAAAGGGAUUUUGCCGGACGGACAAACAGUUGCCGUAAAGAGGCUUUUCUUCAAUACCAAGCAAUGGGUGGAUCAUUUCUUUAAUGAGGUCAACUUGAUUAGUGACAUUCAUCACCCGAAUCUAGUAAAGUUGUUGGGAUGCAGUAUUACAGGCCCUGAAAGCCUUCUUGUUUAUGAAUAUGUGCCAAAUCAAAGCCUUCUCGACUACCUCUUCGUUAAAAAGAAUGUUCAGCCGCUUGGGUGGGAAGUGAGGUUUAAUAUUAUAUUGGGUACAGCUGAGGGCUUGGCCUAUCUUCAUGAGGAAUCGGAGUUGAGGAUCAUACACAGAGAUAUAAAGUUGAGCAAUGUACUUCUUGAUGAGAACUUGAUGCCAAAAAUUGCUGAUUUCGGGCUUGCAAGAUUAUUUCCAGAAGAUAAGACUCACAUCAGCACUGCCAUUGCUGGUACACUAGGUUAUAUGGCUCCAGAGUACAUAGUUCGUGGUAAAUUGACUGAGAAAGCAGAUGUAUACAGUUUUGGAGUUCUUUUAAUUGAAGUUGUCUGUGGGAAGAGGACCAAUUCUUUCUCUCAGAAUUCGUUCUCCAUCCUAGAAAUGGUCUGGAACCUGUAUGGAACAGGAAGGUUAUGUGAAGCAGUUGAUCCGUCGUUAGAUGGUAAAUAUCAAGCAGAGGCGGCAUCUACAUUACUUCAAGUAGGUCUACUUUGUGUACAAGCCUCCGCUGAACUGCGACCAUCUAUGUCAAUAGUUGUGAAAAUGCUUACCUCUAACCAUGAAAUUCCUCAGCCAAAACAGCCACCAUUUCUCAAUUCUAGUAGUACAGAAAUCAGUCCAUUCAGUCAAAAACGCGGAACGAACAAUUUUCAGCCCAGUUCUAACACCCAGUCUUCUGGUAAUAGCAUAUCAGAAAGCUGGAUAGAACCUAGAUGACAUCUUUUGUGUGUGUGUGUGUGUGUGUGUGUGUGUUUGUGUUUAUACAAGAUAGAAGAUAGAGCUAAAUGCUUACUGUAAAUUGAAUGUAAAACUAAAUUCUUUGACAAUGGCUUUGAGAUUAGUUUAGAAUGAAAUUGAAACAUCAAAAAUUUUGUAAGCCUUGCACUAAAACCAUUGUUUUUGUAUAACAAGUUGUAACAGUUAUGAAGCACCCACAACUUUUUUGUAUCGACUUUAGAUCAUCUAUGUUAAUGAUUUUAUUUAUUUGUUUUUCUCCUAA